GAGUCCUUGGCGCUGGAAACUAUAUAAACGGACCGCUUAUAAUUGGCUAGGCUAGCUCAGAGAUUUUUAACCAAAGUACACCAUGUCGUUCCACACCGUUCGUGCAGUUGUCAUCGCGUUAUGCGCUAUCGCUAUCGUCGCUGGGGAUUAUCAGCUCCCCGCAACUGUGAAAACCUGCAAAAGAGAUUCCGAUGACUUUUCAUCUUGUUUGAGGCUAGCCAUACAAGAAGCAUGGCCCACGUUCGUUUCAGGAUUGCCAGAGUUUGACAUACCCAUUUUGGAUCCUUAUUACACCGAGUCUCAUUCCAUGGAAUUCGAAAGUGGCCAGCAUGGUGGAAAAAUGCUUGCCACGGACAUUCGAACAUACGGUCUUGCCAAAGCACGUUUCUUAUCUGUGAAACCGGAGAUGGUAGACGAUCUCUUCCGCUUGGAAAUCGACGUUGAGAUACCAAAGAUUUUAAUCGAUGGCAACUACAAAGCCGAAGGUUACCUGGCAUCUUUUAGAGUGGGUGGAAAAGGUUUCUUCAACAUUAGCAUGGAAGACCUCAGAGUCACAUGGGACAUCUCUGGUCACGUAGUAAACGAUAUAUGGGUUGUGGAACACUUCAAACUAUCGCCUACAGUUGGAGAUAUGAAGAUCUGGUUCAGUGAUCUCUUCAAUGGAAACAACGAACUGAAUCGAGCUGCUCUCGUCUUCAUCAACGAAUACUGGCCUCUAAUAUACCGAGCAAUAUUGCCCAAAUUGACGGAUUCUUGGGACACGUACCUGACUGAAUUCACCAAUCGUUUCUUCUCGAAGAUACCUUUCUCAACUGUGUUCCCUUGAGCCACGUUGGAACUGUAGCAAUAAAAUAAUUGUAAAAAAAAGGAAAAAGCAUAAAUCUAAGAAGGAAGAAAGAAAUUUGGAGAAAAUCGAAGAAAGGAACGUGGAUAGAUUUUUCGAUGGAGUUGAAGGUGGGUUGGAAUGGGAGAAAAGAACUGAUUGAAUUAUAUAAACGACGUAAGCCGAAUAAUUUUAUGGACAUUUUGUAAGAUUUAUUUGAUACAUAAAUUGUAUGGUUUUCGAGGAUCCUUUUUUAAUUACCGAAGACACAGUUGCUAACAAAGCGGUAAUUAUACACAUGGAUUGUUAACUAGUGUUGUUAUUGGAUGAAGCAUCAUGUAAGAUAUAAAUAAACGCGAUGUCGAAUGUUAA